AUGGCCUAUCCCGCGUUCUGGCAGCAAACCUGGGACAACGCUCAACUCCAGUUGAGAUCUCUGCAGGCAUCUCUUGGAGCACUGCCGGUGCUGCCAAGUCAUACACAAAGAGUCGGACAGGUCGACGCAGAGCUGCUCGAUCACGAACUGCUUCAGAUCCUCAAGGAACCUUUGUUAAAGGCAUUUAGCCUGAUCAAGAGCGGAUGGGAGUUGGCAGCAGAGCCGGAGCUAUCCUUAAUCCUUCAGCUGUUGCUCUACAAAUACUCUAUAUGGGAUACCGGAGCGACAUAUGGGGCUAAAUUGCAAAACCUUCGCUACAAAUGCAGGCGACAGGUUCCUCGGCGGACAAAGCUUGCUCCAUCAGGGCUGCCCGCUAGAACACUGUGGUUACACGGAUUUGUCACGGUUGUCCUUCCGUAUAUUGACAAGAGGUUCCGCUCCUACGCCUUGUCAAAUGCCUGGCCGGAUGCACCAUCAUUCGAUAAGCGCAGGAAGAUCUGGGAACUGGCUCUCAAGAUGGAAUCCACCCAUGCGACUUUGGGACUCCUUAGUUUUAUUGCUUUUCUUUGGAAUGGCCGGCUGGCUGCCAAAGGCGAUAGGCCGCAGUCAUACGUCAGGCAAGGGCCCUACUACCGUCUCCCAGAGACGGACUGUGCCAUUUGCGCAGAGGAUGCGUCAAUAGAUCUCUCUUCACUCGCCGAAUCAAACUCAUCGCGAUCAUCGACCUAUAUGCAGACAUUGUCCGGCUCGCAGCAUGCAAUUUCAUACCCCAUUCAUACGCCUUGCCGUGCGUCAUGUGGGCAUGUAUAUUGCUACAUCUGUAUUGGAGACAGACUUCUUCGAGCAGCAGACGAAGGAGAGAAAUAUUGGGAGUGUUUACGGUGCGAAGAGCAAGUCUACCAGGCGACACGAUGGGAGCCUUCGGAACGGCUGGGCAGAAGGCCUGCUAGACAGAAUGAUGACGGCAAUUCUGUGGAAUCACGAGGAGUUGGAGUCGCCGCUGGUCGACGAUGGGAUAGUCUCGUAAGUAGCAGUGCGAGUCGGCUGGGACACGGCUACGGUACGAGCGAGUUGGACGACUCGGAGCUUUCAGCCAUGGACCUCGAUAGCGUCAGCAGCAUCGGUCUGAGGACGUUUUCAGGGUCCGAAGAUUUGUCCGAAUAG